AUGUCACUCAAUCUUGCACUUCAGGAUCUCUCUCAGAAGUCUGACGAAUUUGUCACCAGUCUUAUGAAAAGAGCCAAAUCUCUCUCUGACGAUCUCGCUACUGCUGGCUCCACUCUGAAACAGACUGACCACUGUCUCCAUAUUCUACGUGUUCUCCGGAAAGAUCUUCAUGACAUAGUUCCAACCUUGCUCACGCGUUCUAAACCACUAGCCUAUUCUGAUCUCCUUGGCGUGCUUCUCAGCUAUGAGUUCAUGAAUCAGGCCUUUGCUCGCCCAACAUCUGGCAUUGAUCCUCCACCAUCCACGGAUUCUCCUUCAGUAAACACCGCUCAGCAUGAUACCUCUUCCACCUCUCCCUCCUCUCAAUCUGGGAAAAGUGGACGUGGAUGUGGUGGUCGUGGUGGCCGUUUUCACCCACAAGGUAAUUCGUCAGCACAGGUCACUGCUCUAAUUACCAAACUUGCGACUGAAUUUUCUAUCAAAGAUCUUGGCCCCUUGGGUUUCUUUUUGGGCAUUGAGGCAGUACCACAACCCAAUGGGGGUGCUCCCUUUGAUGAUCCAACUUGCUAUCGCUCCAUUGGGGGCGCCUUACAGUAUAUGACCCUUACCUGUCCAGAUGUGGCUUUCACUGUGAAUAGGGCGUGCCAAUAUAUGCAUGCCCCAACUAUGGAUCACUGGAGUCAUGUCAAGCGCAUUCUCCGAUAUCUCAAGCAAAGUUGCUCCCACGGUCUCUUGGUUGAGUGCUCUUCCAAGGCCACGCUCCAGGCCUUCUCAGAUGCCGAUUUGGCUGGUAGCAGUUCUGAUCAUCGGUCCACUGGUGCUUACGCCAUCUACCUUGGGCCAAACCUGAUCUCCUGGUCCUCUCGCAAACAGAAAACUGUGGCUCGUUCCUCAACUAAAGCUGAGUACAAAGGAUUAGCAGAUGCCUCUACCGAACUCAUAAGGUUGGAAUCUCUAUUUCAAGAAUUGAGCUUUCUUAUUCAAGGUCCCCCAAUCCUGUGA